AACCAAAGCAAGUCACUGCCGUGUUUGACAUCAAAAGCCACGAAAGCUCGUAGCAUAUACACUAUAGAGAGAGAAAAUUCUAGAGGGAGAGAGAGAGAGUUUAUUUGUGUAAUCCGGCGUUUAUACUUUCGUGCUUUGCAAUCUUGUUUGGUUUCUCUGAUACUUUGAGUGAAUUUCUAGGAAAAAGUUGAAAUUUUCUUGGCUAGAUUUGAUCGCAGAAAAGCGAGAUUGGUCGAUGAACAACAAAAUUUCCCGUGAAGUUUGUGUUGAUUGAUUGAUUGAGCCAGGAAGAUGAGGGGAGUGAAUGGAGAGAUGAGAGGAGUGAACAAUACUUUUGAGACCAUAAACGCUGCUGCGAAUGCGAUCGCUAUGGCUGAGAAUCGUGUGCGUCAAGCUUCAGUUCAGGUUGACUUUGAGUUUUUGAGAAAGUCUAUGGCUUUAGCUUGAAGGAGAUUUGAAGUUCCAGUGCUUUGCUUUAGUAAGAUGCGGUUUACAUGUUGGCAUGUUCUUUGAAGGAAUGAAGCUUUUUGGGAAUUUAAUGGCUAUUUGUUUUUGUUGAUGGAACAAGGUUUUCUAACUACUUAUCCUAGGAAUUAGAUGCGAAAUAAAUUCAUGUGACAAGCUCUGCUGCUUGUGACAUUGCUAGCUGUCUAGCUGCAUGGCAUGUUGCAGUUUGUUUUCAGCAAAGAUCUUUUAUUCCAUUUGAAAUUUAGCCGUUUUUUUUUCCUGAUGAAUAUGAUCAGAAUCAUUAUUGGCAGGGUGAAUUUCAUUUGGAUGAGAGAACCUAGUGCUUUGCUGAUACCAAUACUUUUGAAGUGUAAAAGGAGAUGGGGAAGUUGGUUGAACGUAUAUUGGUGUUUUGGAUCUCACAAACACAACAAACGAAUUGGGCAUGCUGUCCUUGUUCCUGAAACAACAGCCGCAGGAGGAGAGGUCCCUGCACCUCAAAAUCAGGCCCAAGCACCUUCCAUAGUGCUUCCCUUCAUCGCACCUCCAUCCUCUCCUGCAUCUUUUCUUCAGUCAGAGCCGCCUUCUGCUGCCCAAUCACCAUCUGGUUUACUGUCCCUCACCUCUAUAUCUGCCAGCAUGUACUCCCCCAGUGGGCCUGCCAACAUUUUUGCUAUUGGCCCUUACGCCCACGAGACACAGUUAGUGUCACCGCCAGUGUUCUCAACUUUCACCACCGAACCAUCAACUGCUCCCUUCACUCCUCCUCCGGAGUCUGUACACUUGACUACACCCUCCUCGCCUGAGGUGCCCUUUGCUCGGCUUCUUGACCCCAGUAACCAAAAUGGUGAAGUUGGUCUGAGUUUCCCAUUCCCUUUAACACACCAAGAAUUUCAAUCCUAUCAAUUAUACCCUGGAAGCCCAGUCAGUCAUUUAAUUUCACCUGGCUCAGGCAUCUCUGCUUCAGGCACCUCAUCUCCUUUUCCUGACAGUGAGUUUGCUCCUGGUCAUCCCCACUUCCUUGAGUUUCGUACUGGUGAGCUUCCCAAGCUUUUGAAUCUUGACAAGCUGUCUCCCCAUCAAUGGGGAUCACGGCAAGGAUCUGGUACUUUGACCCCAGAUGCCGUGGGGCCUAGAUCUCGUGACAAUUUUCUCUUGGAUCGUCCGAAUUCUGAUGUUGCUCCUCUCACAAAUCUAUUCAAUGAAUUGCGGAAUUAUGAAACUGUAGUUGAUCAUAGAGUUUCAUUUGAGAUAACUUCAGAAGCAAUCAGAUGCGUGGAAAACAAACCGGCAACAUUGCUCAAGGCUGCAUCAGUAUCUCUGGAGAAUACAGAACAUUCUGCCAAAGGAGUAAAAAAUUUGAUUGACACAGCAAAUGGUCAUGAAUGCCGUGCUGGAGAAACAUCAGACAACUUAUCAGAAAAAGCUUCUGCAGAUGGGGAGGGUAGACAGCAGCAGCAGCAUCAAAAGCACCGGUCGCCCACUCUUGGGUCUGUCAAGGAAUUCAACUUCGACAAUGCAGAUGGUGGAAACUCUGAUCAGACUAAUAGUGGCUCUGACUGGUGGGCCAAUGAGAAGGUUCCUGGGAAGGGUGUUGAGCCAUGCAAGAACUGGUCCUUCUUUCCGGUGAUGCAGACAGGUGUCAGCUAGCUGUUAUGCAUCCCUUUGGCGCUUUUAUGCAGCGCUGUAGGGGUAUUCACGGCUUCGCCUGAACAUUCUGAAUUCUGAACCCUCCCAUCGCUGACCAUUUCAGAGGUAUGAAGCCAAAUGGUAACAGGUUUUGUUCAUUUUGGAUGAAGGGAGGGUUGCAUACAUGAAGUCUAUUUUUUUUAGCACUUCCUGAGAUUAAAAAAGGAGACAGAUGAAACUCUAUUACUAGGAUUAACAUCAAUAGCGUACUGUUUUCCCUGUUUAUUGUCGAAACAAAUGAAGUAACACCGUCUAAGUGAUGCCUGUGUGCCUUCCAUAUGUAAUAUAAAUAGUAGAUAGAUAGAACAGUGGUAACAUUAUGCUGGUAAAUUGCUGAUGAUUACGAGAAAGUUGAACUUGUACAUGAAUGCUAUUGGUGUCUCUCAUGUAACACACCAAGUAUUGGCGCUCUUCUGGUCCAGGAUUAAAGGUGGUUCUAGUCCAGGAUUAAAGGGAGUUGACGAGAGAGGUGACAUUUUGGUAAGAGUAAUGUUAUUUAGGCCUAAAAAUUUGAUAGUAAUUGACAAUAUUUGUGUGUGUGCCA